CUCGGAGUCCUCGCGCUGCUGAAGGCCACUGACAGUCUUCAUUACCCCGGAGGUGCUGUAAGAUCGAUGGCUGCCACCUGACUUUAAUACUAAGCGUCCUCCGGCCGUUAAACUUUGGGGAGCGGUUGAGCCGCCGGACGAAGAGGCACAGGGAGCGCUCCAGAGGUGCUACGGAUGACUACGGAGGGAGAGAGAGGGGGAAGACAGACAGAGAGAGAGAGCAAGCGAGAAAGUGAGAGCUACAGAAUGCAAAGAGUGAAGUAGUGAGAGAGAGAGGAGGGCAGGAAGGACGACAGACAGGGGGAGAGUUACGAAAUCCAAACAGAGAGGCAGAGAUAAAGGGAGGAAGGAGAAAGAGAGGCAGAAUAAAGAGAGGGAGGGAAGGACUGGCUGUCAGUGAAUGCUGAGCACCUGGAGAAUGUCGAGAUGCAGCGAUGGAGGGACGAAAUGAAAAGAAAAGUUAUUCAGGAGAGGGGAUGAGACCGAGAGUCUCUCGCAGAGGAGAGGAAAGACAGGAAAGAAAGGGUACGUCUUUUCGGCCUCUGCUCCCGACCCGGUGAACCAUGCCGAGGAGCAGUUCAAGGAGGUCGUCGCUGCUCAUCCUCAGGGUGUGUGUGUGUGUGUAUGUGUGUUCCAAGCUGGUGAAACUCGUGGGCAGUGCAGAUGAUCACACACACACGGCGCAGGAGGGAGGACUCGAUCUGGCGCCUCGGAGGGCAGCAAGAAAGGACGACUUAUCAUCAACAUCAUCACACACAGAAACCUUUCAGAGUUCAAAGGCUGCCUGGAGAGAGCAGGACACUUUGAAGAACGAGAGAAUAACGAAUAACGAGGCGUCCUUGGCUCCAGCUGGGCCUCUGUGGGAAAGGACUGCACCCACGGAUCGGGAUGCCUCACAAGCCACAGAGAUUAGAGCAAGCAUCUCGGAAAACGCUGGGACUGCAGUUUCCUCGCUCAAAGGCAACAUAAACCCAAACCCUUCUGCUCUAAUCACAACAACCGGCUCUAUUUCCAGUGCCACAGAUACCCUUCAAUCCACGAAUAGCCGUGCUGGACUGGGUGCCAGCCUUCAAGAGGCUUCAAGUGCCACUCAAAGAAGUGGUAUCGUUUUCCAGGAGUUCCCAGGAGAUUCCCCAGAAAGGGGACAGGGCCUUGCUGGGAUGGACCCCCGCUCUAGGUCCAGGAGGAGCUGGAUCUGGAACCAGUUUUUCGUGAUUGAAGAGUACAGCGGGCCGGAACCUGUCUUGAUUGGUCGGCUGCAUUCCAGUAUGGACCGAGGAGAUGGCCGCACCAAGUACGUUCUGAAAGGCGAGGGAGCGGGGUCCGUGUUCGUGAUCGACGGGAAAACGGGAAACAUCCAUGUGACGAAGCCGCUGGACCGGGAGGAGAAGGAUCAGUACCGUCUGAUUGCCACGGCGACGGACAGGCAGACGGGCCGGCCGCUGGAGGCUUCGUCCCAGUUCAUAAUCAGAGUGCAGGACAUCAACGACAAUCCACCUGUGUUCCCUCACACACACUACAGCGCCACCGUACCGGAGAUGGCCAGCAUUGGGACGUCUGUUAUUCAGGUUACUGCUACAGAUGCCGAUGAUGAGACGUAUGGAAACAGUGCUAAACUGGUGUACUCGGUGGUCCAGGGCCAGCAGUAUUUUACAGUGGACCCACAAUCAGGCAUUGUCCGUACUGCGGUUUCUGACAUGGACCGUGAGCUCCAGUCUCAGUAUGUUUUGGUGCUGCAGGCCAGAGACAUGGGCGGCCACCAGGGAGGCCUAACAGGGACCACCACCAUCACUGUUCACCUCAGUGACGUAAACGACAACCCGCCCCGCUUCGCCAACAGUAUGUGGUCGUUCUCUGUAUCAGAGUUGGCUCUUCCGGGGGUCGAGGUUGGCCGACUGUCUGCGACUGAUGCUGAUCUGGGGGAGAACGCUCGGCUGGACUUCACCAUCACAGAUGGAGAAGGAGGAGGAAACUUCAACAUCACCGCUGUCAACCAGGAGGGCGUCAUUCUGCUCAACAAGGUGGUGGAUUAUGAGCGGCGCAGCUCCUACACUCUCACAGUGGAGGUGCAGAAUCCCUCGGUGGACCCUCGCUUUCUUCGCCGUGGGCCAUUUAAAGACCGAGCGACAGUCCGGAUCACCGUCCUGAAUGCUGACGAACCGCCUCGGUUCUCACGCUCACGAUAUAGGUUGGACGUGUCUGAAAACUGCCCGCCAGCGUGUGCCGUGGGACGGGUAGCUGCGGUGGACCCAGACACAGGCCUCAGCAACAAUAUAAAGUACUCUAUUGACCCCGAGUCGGACCCCGAGGCUUUGUUCCGUAUCGCCCCUGACAGCGGCCUCAUCACCACGGUGAAGGAGCUGGACCGCGAGCACGAGCAGUGGCACAACAUCACUGUCAUCGCCACUCAGAGAGAUAGCCCCAACCAGGUUACCAGGGUAGCGGUUGCCAUAGAGACGCUGGACCUGAACGACAACGCCCCCGAGCUGGACAGGCAGUACAACACGGCCGUCUGCGACUCCAGCGGCGCCGGACAGGUGGUGCAGGUCAUUCGGGCGAUCGACCGAGACCAGAGCAGCUACAGCUCCCCCAUUCACUUCAGCCUGGCCUCGGACCGCAGCCUCGCUCUCAACAUCACCAUCCAGGAGAGAGGAGACCACACGGCCAGUCUGGUUCUUCUGUCGUCGGUGAAGCCCCUCCCUCGCUCCGCCUCUCCUUCCUUCCACACUGUGAAAAUACCCAUAAUCCUCCGGGACGGGGCGUCAGAGUUCAGAAGCACGGGGACCGUCACCCUGACCAUGUGCCCCUGCCAGAACGGAGGGAUGUGGGCAGAGGAGAGGAAGAGACAGACGGACCGAGGGAGGAGUGAGGACGCUCAGACACUGAUGGAGUGGGAGAGGCAGACGGUGUGCGUGCCGCUGCCCUCCACCUCCGCCCUGCUGGGCCUCAGCUCCGCCGCUAUGCUGGCUGUGCUCGCCUGCUCGUCCACUCUGCUCGUGGUAGCAGCGUUAGCUCUAUCCGUUCGGAGGCAGAAGAGUGACUCUCUCUCUCCGCUGGAGGAUGAUGAGAUCAGAGAGAAUAUCAUCACGUACGAUGAUGAGGGGGGUGGAGAGGCCGACACAGCCGCGUUCGACAUUGCUGCGCUGAAGAGCGCCCCCCACAGCAUGCACAGCGCCCUGCGCCUCAGCCGCAGCAUUUACUCCCAGGAGAAUCUGGACAGGAUGUACAGCUGGGCUCAGGCCCCCGGGGUGGACCCCCAGCGGCCCGGUUCCGCCCCGCUGUAUGGGCGGUUCUGCUACAGCAUACACACCCUGCCAGCGGUCCGAGAACGGAUCGGCCCGUUCGACUCCCGCCGGGACCUCACCAAACUGACCUACACGCUCCCCAGCGCCCAGACGCAGGACUGCGGGCCUCUGGAUCCAGGGUGUGUGUUCACGGGCCUGGCGGAACUGGCCAAGAGAACCGACCAGAGCAGAACCGGAGACGAGCACCAAGGAACCGAGAGUUCUGCUGAGAACAACCUGAAAGAGAGCGAGACAGGAAGUGAGGUCGUCUCUGAGAGUCAGACUCUCAGUCAGGAUCAGUCUCUGGCCUCUGACCAGGCUCCGGUGGUUCAGAGCUCCAGUCAGAGCGACUCCAGCAGUUCUGCUGGUCACUCGGCCGGAUCGCUGACUCACCACCCGUCCACCGCACACACCUCCUCCACCUCCACUAUUGUGUCCACCGUUGCCACGGAUGACACGCCCUCCACGCACACGCCCACAGAGGCUCCCAUCAACACCAGCCAAACCUCGGCACCAUUCAGAACAAUGGAAGGGACCCUGCUGAGAGGCAGCGGAGUGAUACCUUUAGCCGGAACUACUUGUUUAUACCCCAAAGCGGGCGAUUUGGUGGGCGUGUACGCUCUAGCAGGGCGGGACUUCACUCAGCGGGUGGUCAUGCCUUUCCCUGGCCCUGGCGGGGCGGGGCUGUACAUGGGUAGGUGGGGCCUAGGCAGGCGAGAUGGGCAGGGGCCUGGGCCCGGAAGGGGCGGGGCUAACCCUCUAACCCACAGGAUGGGCGACUUCCUGCAGCACCGCCUGGCCCAGGUGACUUUCGACCCCAUGCAGCCGCCGUACGACUCGCUGCAGACGUACGGCCUGGAGGGGGCGGGAUCACAGGCCACCUCCCUCAGCUCCCUGGAGAGCGAGGGCGAGCGAGGGAUGGAGGUGGAGGAGAUAAAGGAGUGGGGGCCCAAGUUUCACAAGCUGCUGGAGAUCUUCAGAGAGAGGGAAACGGAGGAGGAGAAAAAAGAGGAAAAGGAAGAGAAGGAAGAGAAGGAGGAAAAGAAGCACACCGAGGAGGAGACCAUGGAGGAGAAGAUGCAAGAAGACACUAAAGACGAAGCCGAGCCAUAGAGAGAGGCAGGAAGGAGUGGGACGGAGGGAAUAAAGGAUGAAUUCUCGUCAGAGAACAGCGAGAUAAAGGCGGAAAGAGAGAGAGCGAGACGCUCUACGGAAUGUAUACUGGCAGAAGUGGUGAUGAUUCCUGCUGUGGUAAUUCAGAAGCAAUUAUUAUUAGAAUUUAAUAUAUAAUAGCAUAAUAAAACUGUUGGAAAGGAGCUCCAGAAGACGCAGGCGGAGAGAAUCUUUAGCGAUUCUGCAUAAAGACGAAUUCCACUGACUUUUUCAGUUCAAUUUCUGCAUAAUUGAUAUCUAAGCAAAGUCUUUCGGAGUGGUUCAGUGAGGAAUGCGGCGUUCUGGGAAAACUAGAGUCAGUGGUGGCGAUAGGAACCAGACGUCCGCCUCUAAAAGCUCCUUCACAGAGAGUUCCUGCAUGGAAUGGAAUGUGAUGAACUCGCUGCCUGAUGACUGAGGCACUGAUUCUGGAUGGAUUUGGGAAAAGCUUUUAGGCCUGAGACAAAUAUCAGGAAAACUAGUCCCUUACUCUUUCAGAGGAAUCGCUAAUUUACAUAUGAAGAGUCUGAAGAGUCGUGGCGACGCCUGGUUCCUAUCACCACCACUGUAAAGACAUCUGAAUGAUUUCACACCAAACCCACUCUGCAUCACUCUGUUUACAUCUCGUUCAUUCAAUUAUGCAGUCUUUUUAAAUCUUUCGCCGGAGUUUCCUGUCAGUUUCUCACACAAGCACAGGCGUAGCACACAAACAUUCUCACCGAGCUCCACGAGAGGUGCGGGAGCUGUCGCUCUCCACAAUCUCCCAUUACAUUUGCAUAAAUAAUUCACUCGUGCACUCCCAGCCAAAGUUACGAAACAUCUCAUAUCUGAAAUAUUGAUUUUAGGCCCUGCGAGCUGCAUUGUUUGAAAAAUAGGCCUCAUAAAAAAUGCACUGUCCCCGGCGUAUGAAUAUUGAUGUUUAUGUAUUAAUAAAAAAAAAAAAAGCUUCUCCCGCUUAAAGGAGCAGAAA